AUGGCGAUCUCAUCGCUAAGAAAAUUAGAAAGAUCUCCGGAAGAUCUGUGGAACGAUUUUCUCGUUCAUCUUUUGAUUCACAAGGUAGAUCCUGCGACCCGUAAAGCGUGGAAUCUCCAAACAAGCCAAGUUGACUCGCCGCCAGCGUUCGCAGAUCUUAAAAAAUUUGUACUUAAUCGAAUCCGUGCGCUUGAGGAGUGUUCGUCCGCUUCAUCUCCGAAGCCCGCGCCGAAGUCUGCGAAUUCCUCGCGUGCGAAUGUCGCGACGGCUUCCACGACUCUUCCGUCGGCGUGUCCGCUUUGCAAAGCGCGUCAUUACUUAAAUUUAUGUCCAGACUUCGUCGCAAAAAAUCCGACUCAGCGACAGGAAAUCGUUAAACGUUUUAAACGUUGCUUUAAUUGUAUGAGUAGCCAGCAUACUUUGCGAGAUUGUACAAGUAAGUACACGUGUCGUUCGUGUAAUCAGAAGCAUCAUUCGAUGCUUCACGUUGAUUCGGAAGCGAGCACUCCUUCCGCGAUAACUACGCCGUCGGUAACGUCAACGGCUCAAUCUAGUACAUCGAAAGUCGAGGUCGUUUCGCUAUGUGCCUCCGCUCAAUCAACUCGCGACUCGCAAGUUCUUUUGGCGACCGCAUGA